GGUUGCGAUAUUUAAUCCACAUUCUGGUUCAUAACUGCGGUAUGGAUUCCACUUUGAACGACUUUUUUGAUGAAAUAAACAAAAUUACCCCGGCUAAAAAAAAACAGAUUAAAACGGAAUGUGUGUGGCAGGAAUGUUUUGACGAAAGUAGCGGUUAUGUAUACUAUUGGAAUACAACAACCGACGAAGUAACUUGGGAGAUGCCUGAGACUUAUAGAUUGUGGAAGGACAAAACUAGCAAAACUUCAUUAAAUCUAUAUAUGCCACCACAAGCGUCGUCGUUUCUUUCAAAUGCCAAGGUACAAAAUAAUUUAAAGAUCUAUAAGAUAUCAGAAUGCAAAGGCCUGUCUGUACGUAGGAAAGAGGAAACUCUUAAUGAGAAUAACGAUUUAGAUUACAGAAAGAAAGUGGUAGAAGGUGAAAACAUAAAAUCUGCUGUUGAAAGCAAGAAGGUGAUGCUUGUACCUUCGUAUGAAUUGGAAUCAGAAUCUGAAGAAAACCAUUCUAGCUGUAGUAAGAGUCCAGAUUGUGAAGAAGGAAUCAACACUGAAGACAAUAAACUGGAGGAAUGUGACAGUGAUAAAUGCGAGAUUGAUGUUUCAACAGAACAAUCAAAAAGUUGUAAUAUAUCAAAACAGUUGAACGACAAAAUUUAUGAGAAACCUGAAGAUAAUCAAAACACACAUUGUGUUGAUGUUCAAAUGAAAACAGUAGCAGGGGGAUUCUCACUGGUGGCUGGCUAUGGAAAUUCUGACGAAGACGACGAAGUUGGAGAAACAACAACGCCAAAAGAUGCUAAUUUAACCGAUUUUAAGCAGUUUAUUGAAAAAGAAAGAAAAGAUCAGCAAAAAUUCCAAAUGAAUACAGAAAGUAUACUUCAUCAAAGAAAGAAGAGGAUAAAUUUAGAAUAUACUACGACAAAAAAGAAUACCCCGAUUCUAACAGGAAACAACGAGUAUGCGGGACUCGGUUAUAAUGACUCAAAUAAAAAUUUUUGCUGUAUAAAGAAAAAGUACAUGGGAUUUAAAAGCGGAGGUAUUCUGUUUGUCAGCUCUGAUAUCAGUGCGGAUAGUAAUUUGGAAAAAGGCGGGGAAAACAUCAGUAUUAACGAAGAGGAAAACAAGUGCAAAUGGAAGAUGCUUCAAGACAUCGAAGAAACAUCACAAGCUUUGUCAGAAAAAUUGAGAUUUCUUAGCGAAGGACGUGAACCAACCUCUGCAGUUCAGACGCUGUUUAUACAGAUGGAAACUUUAAACGCAGCUUUGAAAGCCAACAGUUUAACUCCAAAAUACUUGGCGGAUUGGCUUCAGGAUACCUGUUCGGAAUUGGUGAAGUUGGAGCAGAGCGCUGCUCCUGCCGGCUGGUCAUUGCAAUGGGACAGGCCGAAUAAACGUUACUUUUAUUACAACCGGAAAACAGGUGAAAAUCAGUGGGAGUAUCCUCAGCCAAACGUUAUCAGAAGCGAUGAAGCAAUGGACAUUUGUACAACUCCACCACUUGAAGAAACAUUCGACGAACAAUCACUAUUGCCUCCGUCAAUACUCCCUGUAACGGUACCAGUUGUGCCGCCUCCCCCUCCGUCGAUUUCAAAAGUCAGUUCUCCUUCUCCACCACCUCCGCCUUAUAUAGGCCAAUAUGAUAAGGCGAAUAAUGAAAUCACAGGGGACAAUGAAUGGAGUAGAAGUGUGGCAGAGCCCCUUCCACCAGGGGUAGACGUCUCUGAAAUUUCAAAAAGUACCGACUCAACGGUUAGUGUACACUCGAACAAUCAGUCGAAAACGUCGGAUGUUUUGGGGCAAGAACUUAAUUUCUUUUACUCCGACAUUGCUGCUUUAGAAGGCCAAGUAAAUACACCAAAACUAUCAUCUCAAAGUGGUGGCUUAAGUGAAAAGAGUGAGUCUGAAGAAGUACCAAAGCGAAAGAAAAGAAAGGUAAAAAUUGCAGAUGGCUUAUCAUUAAAAAAAAAAGGUGUCUCUAAAUUGGUGGAGAAGUGGAAAAACGUGCAAAAGGACUUAAACUAUAGUAAUCAAUAAAUUUUUUUAGUUAA